AUGGCCGAUAGCCUAGCAAUUGACCCCAGCGGGCUAUGGAGAGGGAAAGGCAAGAGAGAGAGAGAGGUGAGGACGGACGGGAAGGGAGAGAGAUUGGAGAUGGAUGGGGUCGAUGGAGGGAUGGAUACCACCAAGAAGAAGCAGCGUGACCGACAAGAAGAGGGUGAAGAGGGAGGGGGGGGGGAAAGAAGAGAUACAGACAGAGAGAGAGGAAGAGCAGAUGAGGUGCGCUAUAGCGACUAUACCUACCAUGGACCACACCCACUUUGGCGGGUGGAACUGGGACUGAGAGACUCACACAACUUGACCUUCUGGCUGGCGGACGGCCCACUUCCGGGUCUGGCUCUUACAGUCUUUUUUGAAGUCCGGCUUCAAGAUUACCCGGUCACCCCCCAAGGAUGA